GAAUUGGUGGAGGUGGAGCAGAGGAGGAAGACACGGGGCGACUACCUCGAAGGCGAUGGCGACCGAGCUGGGCGCCGACGACCCCCCCGUAGUUCACCUCCGCGCGAUGGGCGAGGCACUCACCACGGACAUGGCGGGAGAGCGCCGCGUGGCAUGACCACUAUCGACGACCUCUGCACCGCAGACAAGCCAGCGUCGCGCGCCGUCCCCACUGUCCGCGACCUCUGCGCCGCCAACAACCCAACAUCGCGCGCUGUCCCCACCGUCCCGGAGUUCGCCCCAUGCGAGGAGCUGCCGAAUCCAGAGGUUCUUAGCAAAGUUACUAUUCCUGAGGCUUUGGAGUCAGACAACUACAGUCAACAAGAUGACUCAGGGGAUGAUAGCAUGAAUGAACAAGAGGAGCAAACUAUAGUUGAUAUGACAGAAUCAGACGCAUCAGACGGCAUGCUGAUCGAUGGCCUGAGAACAUUUUUAUAGAAGAGACAAGAGAGGAAGCUGGAGAGGAGUGCUUUGAAAGAAAAAAGGAAGAAAGUAACUUUGUGCUUUUUGUAGUUUUUUUCAUUCUUAUCAUUUCUAAGCCAUAACCAAAAAUCUGUUGUAGAAAACAAUACGCCUCAGUAUUUUUAAUGCUUGCUAUUUGUUUUAUUUCCAGAGGACAAGGGCAGAGAAAGGAAAAGCCAAACGGCACAUUAACAAAGAAAGAGCACCUGCUUACAGCAGGUUCAGCAUUGGAUAUUUCGUGAAGAUUGUUGAUGUUGUGUGCAAAAGCAAUCACAGGAUGGAGGUUGUGAGGGACGGUGGUUUUGGAUACUUGCUUGAGCUAGAUGAUUGUUAUGUUCCACGACCAUUCGCACAGUGGGUCGCGGACAACAUAUCCACAAAAGAUGAAACAAUUGUACUUGACGGGAAAUCAAUUGCUCUCAACCCUGAAGCCGUAUCAUUAGUUCUUGGUAUACCAGCAGGCGGAACAAAGAUCAGAGUGCUAGACGAGGAGUGUGGGAAAGCAGAGUUCCUAUCACUGUUUGGGCUAACAGAACUUCCAUCCAUAAGUUUCUUUGGGAACAAGCUUAGGAACGAAGAACUGCCUGACGAUGUUUAUCUUCGGUGCUUCUUGACUGUCGCACUAGCAACCUUCCUGUGUCCCACAUCCAGCACAAAGCCAAGCACCAAAUAUUUGGGAGCACUUGUGGAUGUGUCAAAGUCAAAAGAUCUUGAUUGGUGCUCUUUUGUCCAUACAUGGAAUAUCUCCUAUGUCAAGAAGUACCAAACAGACAAGAUGAAGCAGAAACGGAUAACAACCACUUUGGGAGGCUGCAUUUAUCAGCUAGCAGUUCGGUGUCUAGACUUCAACAAUUUUGGAUCAAUAACAAUUCCACCAGCACUACCCAGGGUUUGUUUCUGGAAAGGACAAACCAUUAAACAUUUCAGUGAUAUGCUAAUUGGGAAAGAUGGAUUAUAUGGAGCUCUUCAAAUAAAAGAUGAGGCAGAAACUUGUUAUGCAGAAACUGACGGUGCAUGGGCAAGCACCGCCAAGAACUCAAACAUUCGAAAAGCUAUACAAAGGGUCUUAGGCAACUCUUUUUCAGAUAAGAUCAAAGAAGAUAUAUUCCUCAAUUUCCAGGAGCGCGUAAAAGAUCAAAACCUGACGACAUGUCUGAUAGCAAAACAAGUGCUGCUGGAUACUUUGAACAUUGUCUCUUCUUCUUUUAAUGGCUCUCAACAUACAGAGAAGUUAGAGUCAUCCGAGCACUUGUACAUGCCAUACAGAGAAGUUAGAGUUGAUUCUAAUGGGAUUGAAAUUGGCAGUGAUCGAAGAGGCAGGAAGAAGAGAAUGAAGACGAGUACACAGCAGUCAAUAACUUCAACAAGUAAGGAUGUAUUGUUGCAAGAUAAAAUAAAGCAAAGCACACCUGAAGUUGACACACAAGGAGUCAAAGCUGAAUUGUAACCAAUACCGUGUAAUGGUCUUAUAAAUGAGCACAAAGAUCAAGAUGAAAUGGAAGUAAAUUCUGAAAUUGGUAAAGGAUGUACACAUACAGUUGGACAAUCGGUGCGUGCUGAAUGCAUUGCACUGCAACAAGAAGCCCACAAGUAUUUUUUGUUGUGUUGCAGGGAGAAAGCAUGAACAAGGUUGGCCCUCCUAAACACAACCAAGACACAAAUAUGUUGGACGGACAUAGAAACAUCCUCGAGCACAGUGUCAAUGCUUGUCAUAUUGAAAUAGAAGCACCAGAGAAAAGCACUAGCCUGAACUACAUGCUAUUAUCAGCUAGAUUGGCAAAAGCAGUGAUGAGCACGACAUAAGUUAACAAUUCAAAGGAAGUAUCCACCAAAGAUGUACAGACAACAUUCACAGGGUUUCAACAUAACAUUGUUAACAACAAUAAAACACAGCAUUGCAUUGACACUAGUACCAUGGAGCAACAAAAUGAGAAGCAAGCAGCGGUGUCUGAAUGUGUGGAACAUCAAAACAACAUUGACAAAGAUGUUUUUCCAGAUCGAAACACUAUGAAUAAUGUCAGCAAUUACAAGAAGCACGUUGAACUUGAUAUAGAUAUCAACAUAGCACUAUCAAACAACGAUAAGCAAGAACAUGUCAAAGAGUUACAGGACACUUUGCAUCCAUUAGAUAUUGCAAGGCAAAAGUACUUCUUCACAGAUGAUGCGACACCUAGCUACAGAAUUCUUCCAGACCAUGAUGAUUGUGGGAAUCAAAUAACAGAGCCAGAAUUGUGGCGCCCAUUAGAGAUGAACUCGGAAGACUAUAAUGCUCAAAUAGAGGAAGCAAAGAAAAAAUAUCCAUGAAAUACAAGCAAGGAUGGCAUCGAAGGACACACCCCGCAGGAUGAGCAAGAAGCGCAAGGAGAUUCCUCCAUAUAGUGUGCGCAGAGACAGCCUGUGUCCACAGGCAUUUGCAAGUAUAGAGACUUUCUUCCACAGUUUGAAGAAAAGGAUGGCAUCAUCGACUUGACAUCGCCUGUUGCACGCAUGUCACACACUUGGGACAGAGCAACAACAUGCUACUCCCCAAUGGGCAAAUGGGACAGUGAGAACGAUGAAAGUGCUACACACAAGUACAAGAAGAGAUAUUCAACAACAGCAAUUUUAGGGAAAAGGCUUUUUUCAGAUGAGUUUGAUGAAAAUGAUGAACAAGAAGGCACUAAACACCAACCAAUCCCUGUGUCUCCGGAUGUUCAAAUUUUGGGGGAGAAAUCAUUCAAUGGUUCAUGCUCUAGUAUGGUAAACACGACGGACAAUUUAUACAACAUGAAGCUAUCAUUAGGCACUUCAUCAAGUGGUAAAGAGAAUUUGCCUCCAAAAAGGAUAACACACCCAAGCAAGUGGCUCUCCUCACCAUAUGAUCACAAUGAGAGAGGACCUCUUCAGCCACAUGAGAUAGAGCUACACAGGGGCAUAGUGGCACUAAGCAAAGUUGAACCUCACAGAAGCAAAGUGGUUGUGUUGAUUGACAAAACAACCCUUUUCCUUGGACAACUUGGUGAUUCAUUUGGUGCGACUAGUCACGUCGAAGCAUAUGUUUUCAACGUUUUUUGUCAGAUGCUCUUUCGAGAGAAUCAUCCAAGGAGAUCAAAAACACACUACUUCUUCACUACACUAGGUGAUUAUUUUCUUGAAAAUUGGAAAUCUGAAGAAGGAAGGAGGGAAAUGAAGAGAAAAGCACUUAGAAACUUCAAUGGAGCUGGGAAAGCAUUGCCUCUACACGAAAGUGAUCGUAUCUUCUUUCCGUCAGUUCAUGCCGAGCACUGGUUCUUGUUCGUUGUUGACAUUAUAGCAAGAAAGUUUGUCUUCCUAGAUUCUUAUUAUGAAGGGAACACACCAUUCCACAUCGGGAUCAGAGAUUUGAUGGUUAAAAACAUUUUUUUCUAAUCUUUUCUUUUUUUCUUAUUUUUUCUCUAGAUAAACAAUUUCAUAAAAACAUGGGAAGAUUCCAAUCUGAGAGGAAUGGGUUUCACAAAGUUUGGUGUAGAGUACCCAAACAUGCCAAAGCAAAUAGGAAGCGAUGCUUGUGGGAUUUUUGCUCUUAACUGGAUGCAAACGUGGGCUUCGCGAAAUCCUCUGCAGCGACAGUUCACGAUGAACGACGUAGUAGACGCAAGGGUCAGAUUUGCUGUUGACAUUCUGUUUAGUAUUCACAACACAUAGGAUCAAGGCAAAAAACUCAUCAAGAACUUCAUGAAGGUUAAGCAGCCAACCAAGCACAACAUUUUCUGUAAUGCAUGGAGGAAUACUACAAGAAGGUCUUUUAGCAAGAUGAUCAAAAACAAUCACAAAAGUCAACAUCACAAAGUGUCCGGUGUACAUGGAGGAACGAUAUGAUUUUCUUUUUCUGUUGAAAGGGAAUCCAAGUUGUAUAGCAGUGUCAUAGAAACUGGUCAUUAACCAGAAAACAAUUCAGAAUGUCUCAUGUUGUUUUCAGAUCAAUAUCGAAACAUCGUUUUUUGA